CAUAUCGUCAAUGUCUUCGUCACUAUCUCUUUGACACUAAAAGUUUUGAAUUGAUUUGCAAACCAUUCGCACCAUUCAGUGAUCAACACAUCCACAGACACACCAUACGAGUGGUUCCCAUACAUCGCUCGCACACCACGAGAGACCUUCAUCCACGCGAUCGCCACUUACUCAACAGAUCCGGAAGAAUAUGUUCGGAAGAGUGACUUUCUAUCCGACACUUCUGUACAAUGUCUUCAUGAACAGAGUGUCCACCAGACGAUGGUUCGACCGAAUCGAUGAUAACUGUGUGUUGGGAGCGCUUCCCUUCCGAAGUAUCACAUCCGAGUUGAUAACUGAAGAGAAAGUCAAAGGCGUGGUGUCUAUGAACGAGGACUUUGAGCUGAAGUUCUGGGUCACGACUCCCGAGGAAUGGCAACGACUGGGCGUCAAGUUUUUGCAGUUGAAUACCGCAGACAUACUG